AUGGUCCCUGGACACGGACAUGGACAUGAACAUGGUCACCAUAAAAUGGAACUUCCAGAUUACAGGCAAUGGAAAAUAGAAGGAACACCGUUAGAAACUGUCCAGAAGAAGCUGGCUGCACGGGGGCUAAGGGAUCCUUGGGGCCGUAAUGAAGCUUGGAGAUACAUGGGUGGAUUUGCAAACAAUGUUUCCUUUCUGGGGGCAAUAUUGAAAGGAUUCAAGUGGGGACUUGCAGCAUUUGUGGUAGCUGCAGGAGCGGAAUAUUUACUGGAAUCCCAGGAUAAAAAUAAGAAGCAUCACUGA